AGGUGAUGCGGGAAGCAUUAGUAUCGAAGUAGGGUAUCAUAUUUUGUGUGGGAAAAAGAAAAAUUGGACUGCAAAACGUUGGACAUUAACAAAAGCAAUAUCACAAACACAAUACCUGCUUCCAACAAGACACCACCUUAGUACUCAGCCACCACUUGGAUUGGAUUUCAAACCAUGACCCACAAACGAGAGAAGAAAGGAGGAGAGGCACUUCUCCAUCAAAACCCCAAAGUUGAUGAAGUCACCAGGAUUCGCAUUUCCCAGAUUCUAGAACAGUUCAGAGCUUCCAAUGAUGAAGUGUACAAGUUUGAUGCUAGUUUGUCCAACCAAGAGCGCGCUUUGGUGCAUCAAAUGGCCCUCAAAAUGGGGUUUAGAUCUAAAAGUUAUGGGCUUGGGAAGGAGAGGAGGGUAUGUGUGCAAAAAAUCAAAAAGAAGGUUGACACUAAUAAUGGGUUUCGAAGUCUUCCUCAUUUUGCAUUUUCUGGAGAGGCAAAGUGGGUUCUGGGCGAUUUAUUUGCUCAUUAUCCACCUGGUGAUGGAAACUUGUGGGAGAUGGUUGGAGAACAUAGUGAUACUACUGGCAAAACAAGACAAAGGCAAGAUGAUAUUUUUAGCAGGCCCUCUAUGUCUAAGGCUGACAUUUCUAGGAAAUUGGAAGCUCUUGCUUCUAGAAUGAACAAUGUUCCUAACUUGAAACAGAUCAUUGAAGAUAGAUCUAAGCUUCCAAUUGCAUCUUUCAAGGAUGCAAUUACAUCAACUGUUGAAUCUCACCAGGUAGUUCUCAUAUCUGGUGAGACUGGUUGCGGAAAGACUACGCAGGUCCCGCAAUUUAUUUUGGAUCAUAUGUGGGGUAAGGGAGAGGUAUGUAAAAUAGUUUGCACUCAACCUCGGCGUAUCUCUGCAACUUCAGUUUCUGAGAGAAUCGCCAGUGAGAAAGGAGAGACUAUUGGAGAAAAUGUGGGAUAUAAGAUACGGUUGGAAAGCAGAGGUGGAAGGCAAUCAUCAAUUGUGCUAUGUACUACUGGAGUGCUAUUAAGGUUGUUGGUUUCAAGAGGUUCUCAUUUGUCAAAAAUAGGGCAUGUGAAGGAUGACAUUUCUGGAAUCACUCAUAUAAUUAUGGAUGAAAUUCAUGAAAGGGAUCGAUACUCAGACUUCAUGUUGGCAAUCAUCAGAGACAUGCUCCCUUCAUAUCCUCACCUACGUCUGAUAUUAAUGAGUGCUACCUUUGAUGCUGCGAGAUUUUCUCAAUAUUUUGGGAGCUGCCCAAUCAUCAAUGUUCCGGGUUUCACUUAUCCGGUCAAAAGUUUUUAUUUGGAGGAUGUACUUUCUAUUGUAAAAUCUAGCAAAGACAAUCAUCUUGAUAGUUCCACAUGUAGUAUUCCAAUAAACUCUAGUGAGCUAAGUGAAGAAGAGAAGCUUUCCAUGGAUGAAGCUAUUAAUAUUGCUUGGUCUAAUGAUGAGUGGGACCUGCUGUUAGAAUUGGUUUCUUCUGAAGGGACCCCAGAACUAUUUAAUUACCAACAUUCUUUAACUGGCCUUACUCCAUUAAUGUUGUUUGCUGGAAAAGGUAGAGUGGGUGAAAUGUGCAUGCUCUUAUCUUCCGGGGCAGAUUGCUAUUUAAAGGCCAAAGAUGGAAUGACUGCUCUGGAGAUUGCUGAAAGGGAAAACCAACCAGAAGCAGCUGAAAUUAUGAAGAAGCACAUGGAUAAUGAUUUUUCCAACUCCAUGGAAGAGAAGAAGUUACUUGAUAAAUACCUGGCAACAGUCAACCCAGAACUUGUUGAUGUAUUUUUGAUUGAGCAGCUGAUAAGAAAAAUAUGCAUUGAUUCAACAGAUGGAGGGAUCCUUGUUUUUCUUCCAGGCUGGGAUGAUAUAAAUAGAACACGCGAGAGAUUGCUUGCAUCAUCAUUUUUCAAGAAUUCCUCAAAGUUUAUGCUCAUAUCUCUGCAUUCAAUGGUUCCAAGCAUGGAACAAAAGAAGGUUUUUAAGCGCCCACCUCAUGGUUGUCGCAAAAUUAUACUAUCAACUAACAUUGCUGAAACAGCUAUCACCAUUGAUGAUAUAGUGUAUGUCAUAAACACUGGACGAAUGAAAGAAAAAAGUUAUGAUCCUUAUAACAAUGUGUCAACUCUUCAGUCAUCUUGGAUUUCAAAAGCAAGUGCUAAACAGCGAGAGGGUCGUGCUGGACGCUGUCAACCUGGAAUAUGCUAUCAUCUAUAUUCCAGGAUUCGAGCAGCUUCCUUGCCAGAUUUUCAGAUUCCAGAAAUCAGGAGAAUACCUAUUGAGGAGCUUUGCCUGCAGGUAAAGUUGCUUGAUCCAAGUUGCAAAGUAGAAGAGUUUCUAGGCAAGACAUUAGAUCCUCCAGUUUUUGAGUCCAUACGCAAUGCUAUUCUAGUUCUUCAAGAUAUUGGGGCAUUGUCAAAUGACGAAAAACUCACUCAACUAGGGGAGAAACUUGGUUCUCUUCCUGUUCACCCAUUAAUCUGCAGGAUGCUCUUUUUUGCUAUAUUGAUGAAUUGCCUUGAUCCAGCUUUAACUCUUGCGUGUGCUUCUGAUUAUAGAGAUCCAUUUACGCUUCCAAUGUUACCUGAAGAAAGGAAGAGAGCUACAGUUGCCAAAUCUGAACUUGCUUGUUUAUAUGGGGGUUGUGGUGAUCAGUUUGCUAUAUUAAAUGCAUUUGAAUGCUGGAAUAAUGCAAAGAAAAUGGGUCUAGAAUCACGGUUUUGUUCUCAGUAUUUUGUGUCUUCAAGCGCCAUGCAUAUGUUAUCUGGCAUGCGUAAACAACUCCAAGCAGAACUCAUUCGAAAUGGGUUCAUUCCUGAUGAUGUUUCAAGUUACAGUGCGAAUGCACGUAACCCUGGUGUGCUGCAUGCGGUUUUGGUAGCAGGUUUGUAUCCAAUGGUUGGGAGAUUUUUACCAAAUAAAAGUGGAAAAAGGGUUAUAGUUGAAACAUCAAGUGGUGAUAAAGUUCGCUUGCACAAUCAUUCCACAAAUUUUAAGUUGUCAUUCAAGAAAAAUUUAGAUCACACUUUAAUUGUGUAUGAUGAAAUUACUCGCGGAGAUGGGGGUGUGAACAUAAGGAACUGCACAGUUGUUGGACCACUUCCACUUUUGCUGCUUUCAACAGAGAUUGCUGUUGCUCCAGGUGAAAAUGAUGACAGAGAUGAUGAUGAUGCAGGAGGGAGUGAAGAUGAAGCUGGAAGUGAAGAUGGGAUGGAGUUUGAUACCAAGACCAGUGAGGAUAAGUUGAUGUCUUCUCCCGAUAAUAUGGUUAAAGUAAUCAUGGACCGUUGGCUUUAUUAUCGGUCAACAGCAAUUGAUGUUGCUCAGCUAUACUGCUUGAGAGAGCGAUUAUCAGCAGCAAUUUUAUACAAAGUGACACAUCCAAGAAAUGCUCUUCCUCCAAUCAUGGCAGCCUCCGUGGAAGCCAUCGCUAAUAUUCUGUCUUGUGAUGGAUGCAAUGGCAUGCCCACGAUGUUAGAAGGUGUCGACAGUUUGACCACUAUGGUAAAUGCAACAACUUUAGGCAAGCCAGCUACAGGGCAAAAGCGGUUGGGUAAGAGACCAAAAGGAGCCCCUGCAGAGCUUAUAAACUAUGAUGUGCGCCAGUUCUCUGGCCCUUCUUCUAGAUCAUAGGAAACUCAAGUUGAUAAUGUUUCAAAGGGAAGUUGAUUUGUCUGUUCAGUAUUAUAGAAGCUUAUAUAUUAGAUUAGUAGUAGAUAGAAUACACGUCCUAACAGUGAAAAUUAAACUUGAGAGUUCAGCUUAUAUAGAGGACAAAUCUUGACAGUGAAAAUUUCAGUCAGAAGAUUGCCUUCUUUGUGCUAACAAUGGUAUGCGAUGAUGAAGUGUCAUAUGUAAUGAAGAAUCUUGGUCUGCAGAUGCAUUUGUGCCACAACCUUCAGGUGUACAUGCAAUGAGAUGAUGGACGCUUGACACAAUUGAGGGAUCAUUUAAGAUUUAAAUUUCAUUGGUUCGAUUUAAGCAUGGUUGGUUCACACUAUAUUCGCUUGUGUAACUACAGUCAAAUCUUUGUAAAUACUAACUAAACUCAACACUUGUUAGAUUCAAGUGUGAACGUUUAACUUUAGAAAGUAGAAUAAUUAAUGAAACCAUAUAUCAUAAAAUCAGAAGAGGAAUGAAAUUAUGUGCAGUAGCCGGUAGGCUUUGAUCUGUUCA